AUGAAUAGUAUUUUUUUUGAAACAAUCAUUCGCGUUGAUAUCUUGAUUGUCUUCGCAACUAUUAUCAAUUGUGGUUUUUCGGUCAGUGUUCCAAAAAAAGGUGAUGUAUUCACUGUUAAUAUUACUAUGAACAAUUUUCAAACAACACAAGAAGAUGAAUAUGCAUAUGUUCAAUAUAAAUUACCCGACGAAGAAUUGUUCAUAGUUGGAUAUUUACCGUUGAUCAAUAUGAAUUCAGCUCAUCAUAUGUUAACAUACGCAUGUGCAGAACCAGGUUCUGGUGACAAGUUCUGGAAAGGAGGUCCGACAUGUAUUGGUCAGCAAAUGAUUAUUCAUGGAUGGGCUCGUAAUGCACCUCCAUUAACGCUACCUGAAAACGUAGGAUUUCAUGUUGGACGUAAUACUCCCUACAAGUACGUCGUCAUUAAUAUUCAUUAUUUAUCAAUUUUGAAAAAUGAUUAUUCUGGAAAUCAAUUAAUUAUGACUCGAAAACCACUUAUAUAUCAUGCAGGUGUUAUGCUAGGUGGUUCAGACCUGAUCUAUUUGCAACCAAAAACAAAUUCUACUCGUACUCCUUUCUCGUGUCAAUACAACGGACCGCCGAUUUCUAUUUUUGCUGUUCGUGUUCAUGCUCAUCAAUGGGGACGAGUUAAUUCUUUGUAUAGAGUACGUAAUGGAGAGAUUUCACAAAUAGUUAAAGGUGAUCCACAAUGGCCCCAAUCAUUCUAUCCACUUGCAUCACCUGUCGAUAUUCAGAAUAAUGACUAUGUUAUUGGUCAAUGUAUUUAUGAUAAUACUGAGAAUCGCGUUGUUACUGUCGGAUCAACGCAUAGAGAUGAAAUGUGCAAUGUAUAUUCAAUGUAUUCAUACGACUCGACAAUACAAUCCAGUAAUGGGAAAACAAUGAACUCGCCUCCAAUUCAAAUGUGCUGGGAUAAUGCUUUCAGCACGGUUGCUCGUCUUAUUCCUGCAGACAGUGAAAUUCCUCCACUUAAGCCACCUGAAAUUAGUGGAGCACCUAGUGGUCCUCAUGCUCAUUCUGAACAUGGAGUGAAUACAUUUACAGCUGACUUAUAUACAAACGUAGAAACUUGGCCCGAUGUUAAAUCGUUACCUGCUCAACUUGGUGAAGUAGGUGGCAUUGCAUUAAAUAAUGCAAAUAAUGAGCUCGUCGUAUUUCAUCGUGGAUCUCGCAAUUGGGAAUUUAAAUAUUUUGAUGCAUACCGCUUUCGUAAUGAAGUCUAUGGCCCGAUUGAAGACGCUGUUCUCGUUCAUGUUGACACUCGUACAGGACAAACUAAAUAUCGAUGGGGUGCUAAAAUGUUUUACAUGCCACACGGAUUAACAAUAGAUCACGAAGGCAAUUUUUGGUUAACGGAUGUUGCUAUGCAUCAAGUUUUGAUGUUUCAACCAAAUAAUUUAACUCAUCCAGCAUUGACUGUUGGAGAAAAAUUCCGAUCUGGUGCAGGACCAAGUCGACUUUGUCGACCAGCUGAUACUGCUGUAAUGAAAAAUGGAGAUUUUUUUGUUGCCGACGGCUAUUGCAAUAGUCGAAUUAUUAAAUUUAAUCGUAAAGGAGAAUAUCUAAUGGAAUGGGGUUCAUCCAUGACAACAAAGGUUGACAGUGAUGGUUUUCCACUACCAAAUGAAUGGAAUAUUGUUCAUUCCAUAGCAUUGAAUGAAGAUGCACAAUUGUUAUGUGGUGCUGAUCGAGAAAAUUUUCGUAUUCAGUGUUUUAAUUCAACGACAGGAGAAUUUCUACGACAAAUACGUGUUGAGAAAAAAGAUCAGAUUGGUGCAAUUUAUGCGAUUGAAUUUGUACCAGACGCUAAUGAAACAAUUUUAUUUGCUGUGACGGGUGGAGUACAAACAUCAAAUAAAAAAGUUUACAUGGUUGAUGCAUCAACCGGAGAUAUUUUAACAUCGUUUGAUUCGAACCCACAUUUGAUAAGUCCACAUGAUAUUACUGUAUCAGCAAAUGCUCGUGAAAUAUAUGUUGGUGAAUUAGCAUCAUCACCUGCUAAUGCCUUACAUAAAUUCGAAUUAUCUAAACAUACAGAUCUUCCAACAGAAAUAUUCAGUAGACGAUUCAAUAUCAAUCAUAAAAAUUUUCGUACUUCCGUAAUCAUAAUGGCUGCGUUUGCUAUUCCAGUACUAGCUUCUGUGAUUAUUGGAUGCAUUAUUCGAAUAAGAAAUUUGCGUAAAAUUAAUCGUUUGAAUGCAUUCCUCGAUGAUGUGAAAAGCCGUGAUACAAGUUAUAGUUCAGUUCUCGGUGGUUGGAUGAAUCGAAGAAAAGGUUUUUCAAGGUUAGAACAAUAUUCCGAUGGAGAAAAUGAACUACUAGAUACCAAUGCUGGUGAUGAUUCGAAUAAUAACUCUGGUGAUGAACCAAUAACUGUUAAAGUAAAACAACAACCAGCAGCGUUGACUAAUAAAAAAGAGUCUGCUAAAUUUCAAAUGGCAGAAAAUCUUUAA